GUGAGGCGCGUGUGUGUGAGUCUAUAUAUUUGCAGGCUUUACCUCCCCCCCGGCCUAAAAUGUAAGAGCAGCAGGAUGAGCCGACCUGCCGGAGCCGCCCUCCGCUGAGCUGCGGGUGUUGUUGUGUUCGUGGGCCUGGUCCAGGAUCAUGGAGGAGCUGGCCCGGGAGAGCAUCAGCCUGCUGGCCCGCUCGGCCUCCCACGCCGACCCGCCGCGGCUCGGCGGGUUCGGCGCCGUGUUCAUCAUGCUGAAGUCCGCGCUGGGAGCCGGGCUGCUCAACUUCCCCUGGGCCUUCGAGAGAGCGGGAGGAGUGACCACGUCGGUGUGCGUGGAGCUGGUGUCCCUCGUGUUCCUCAUCAGCGGCCUGGUCAUCCUCGGCUACGCGUCGUCAGUCAGCAGACAGAAGACCUACCAGGACGUGGUGCGGGAGGUGUGUGGCCGGGCCGUGGGCCAGCUGUGCGGGGUCUGUUUCUGCUUCAACCUCUUUAUGGUCUGUGUCGCCUUCCUGGUGGUGGUGCAGGACCAGCUGGAGAAAUUGGCUGUUUCUCUGUAUGAGACUGUGACUGGGUCGAGUGAGGGGGAGAUGCCUUAUCACUGGUACGCUGACCAGCGCUUUACGCUCUUCAUCAUGUGCCUCGUCAUCAUCCUGCCGCUGUCCAUCCCGAAAGAAAUCAGCAUCCAGAAAUACACGAGCGUGCUGGGGACGCUGGCUGCUACGUACCUGUGCAUAGCAGUGACUGUCAAGUAUUUCCUGAUGGACACUCACACAGCCAUAAUAACCCCAGAGCACAACGAAGGUAUUAGUUCAUGGGCGUCCAUGUUCAGCGUGGUGCCAACUAUCUGCUUUGGCUUCCAGUGUCAUGAAGCCUCCAUAGCGAUCUACAGCAGCAUGGAGAACCAGAAGCUCUCCCACUGGGUGUUCGUCACCGUGGUCUCCAUGUUCUUCUGCCUGCUCAUCUACACCCUCACCGGAGUGUACGGCUUCCUGACGUUUGGACGAACGGUCGCCUCCGAUAUUUUGAUGUCUUAUCCAGGAAAUGAUGUCGUCAUGAUCAUUUCGAGGCUACUUUUUGGAAUAUCCAUCGUCACCAUCUAUCCGAUCAUUCUGCUUCUGGGGAGAUCCGUGAUCCUGAACCUCGUGCUGCGACUUCAGAGGCGCAGGUGUGGAAUCGUCACUCACUCGUUCGAGAGUCGCUGCAGAGUCAUCCUCACCGUGAUCUGGAUCAGCGUCACGCUCCUCAUCGCCAUGUUCGUCCCCGACAUGAGCAAAGUCAUCAGCGUCAUCGGGGGCAUCAGCUCCUUCUUUAUCUUCAUCUUUCCUGGCCUUUGCUUGGUCUUCAUAAUGCAAACGGAACCCGUGACUCCAAGAAUCAGGGGGACUUUAAUCAUUUGGGGAGUCAUAACCAUUUUAGUGGGAGCCUUCAUCUUCGGACAGAGCACAACCCUGGCUGUGAUGGAGCUUCUCCACAGUUUCUGAGUUUCACGCUUGUCAUGGUCACUUUGCAGCCGCUGCCUCACUGUGGUCUUCAUGUGUCAUUUGGACAACUUAAUGCUGGAUUUUUAAACAUGUUUUAUUUAAUGUGAUGCCUUUUUGCUUUUAUCCUGGUAUGAUGUUGUAGAACAUGAUGUGUGUUCUUUAUAUCUGAUGUUACAUAUCUAUUUGUGUGCAUUGUGUGUCCACCUGUGAUGACAUAGAUUUCUGCUGUGGCUGGGUCUCUGUUCAUACCCAUGCGUUUCCGCCAGGGGGCAGUCUUGUACCAUACAGCAUUUACUUGUUUAUCUGUUAUUCAUUCAUAAAUGUGAAACUACAUACUGGCUGCACAGAUAAGAAAAAAACAUCUUUCCUAUCGCAGCCAUUAUGGACCCAGUCAUCACUCAAUAGUAUUUGAGUCAACCGAGCAAUAGAAUGUUCUUUUUUAAUAUAAAAAUGGAUUUAUUGUGCUUCAUGUGUUCAUGUUUCCU